AUGGUCGGCACCAGGCGGCUGCUGAUGAAGAAAAACAAAACGAAUAAGGUCGCAGCUCGAGCUGCAUUAUCACUUUGUCCAUUUAACUUGGUCAAAGCUGAAUUUGCAGUUCGCACUCAAUCAACAGUAGCCAAAACUUCCCAAAAUAUAUUAAAAUUAUUUGAUAAAUUAAAAAUAUUAUAUCCAGAUGUUGAUCAUUCACAAGUAUCGCUGUGUUAA